ACCGCCGCAGUCCCUCCAUCAACCUCCUGGCCUCGCGGAGGAAACGACUGCGGAGGGGGGCGCCGGGGGCAGAGGCGGCUCAGCUGCGCCCCCUUGAGGCCAGGACCCUCCGCAGGAGAGCCGGGUUGCGGUUUCCCUUCUCCGCCCCCGAGCUCCUCCUCCUUUGCAGCCCCGCCCACCAGGGAAACCACUACAGCGCCUGCGUCAAUUCUGCCUUGCCCCGCCCCCUACUACCAACCGGAUGCUAGUGGAUUUCCCAUGGUGCCUCGCGAGUGGCGGGCAUGAGAGUAAACUGCAGAGGGUCGGCAGCGGCUUCUACUAGUCAUUGUUGGAGUUGUUCUGUUGUGCCGCAGGCCUCUGCGAGAUUGGCGCCCCGUCGCUACCUUGUAGGCUGGUGCAAUGGCGCUUUUCCGGGGCGUGUGGAGCGUGCUGAGUGCCCUGGGAAAGUCCGGAGCGGACCUCUGCGCGGGCUGUGGAAGUCGACUGCGCUCUCCUUUCAGUUUUGCGUACGUACCGAGAUGUUUUUCAUCCGCCGCGAAUAGUUACCCAAAGAAGCCUCUGACUUCAUACGUUCGAUUUUCUAAAGAACAGCUACCCUUAUUUAAAGCUCAGAACCCAGAUGCGAAAAAUUCAGAACUAAUUAGAAAAAUCGCCCAACUAUGGAGGGAACUUCCUGAUUCAGAGAAAAAAAUAUAUGAAGAUGCUUACAGGGCAGACUGGCAGGCAUACAAAGAAGAGAUAAACAGAAUUCAAGAACAGUUAACUCCAAGUCAGAUCGUAUCUUUGGAAAAAGAAAUCCUGCAAAAACGUUUAAAAAAGAAAGCAUUAAUUAAAAAAAGAGAGUUAACAAUGCUUGGAAAACCGAAAAGACCUCGCUCAGCUUAUAACAUUUUUAUAGCUGAAAGGUUCCAGGAAACUAAGGAUGGUACAUCACAGGUAAAGCUGAAGACUAUAAAUGAAAACUGGAAAAAUCUCUCUAGUUCUCAAAAGCAGGUAUAUAUUCAACUUGCUAAUGAUGAUAAAAUUCGUUAUUAUAAUGAAAUGAAAUCUUGGGAAGAACAAAUGAUGGAAGUUGGACGAAAUGAUCUUCUACGUCGCACAGUAAAGCACCACGGAAAAGAUGACACUGAGGAGUAUUAAAAUAGAAGAUUGAGUUAUGUUCAUAAUGGAUAGACACAAGAAACCAAUUAGGUCUCAAUACCUGAAGCUAUUGAAAAUUAGAAAGGAUAAAGUUCGUGAACAUUUUAUAUUUAAUUCCUUUUUCUUUAGCCCAUGGACUUCUGCCAGUUCAAUACAUUUUGUAUUAGUAUCUUACUUUGGGAAACCCAAACAGGUAAAAAGUUCAUGUGAAAUUUAUUUUGUGUUAAGGAACUACUGAGGAUCAAAAUAAUCCAUGAAAUGCAGCAGUGAAUCAUUUUACCUUUGAUAAAGGUAAAUCAGACUGUGAAGUUUUUUUUAUACUUGAUGACUGGAAAGAGUAUUCUUGUUUCCUUAUAUAUAUAUAUAUGGAGGCAGGAGUUUCAUAUUCAAAACUGUCCCAAAUUGUAGAAGUCAUAGUGUUCUAUGAUAUAAUUGUACAUUUUAGAAGAGCACCCAUAACUCAUCUAGGUAAAUUCCAAUCCCUAGGUAUAAUUCAUAUAUUCAGAGUUGAUGGUUGUACAUGCAAGGAAUUGCUGAUUUCAGUUGCAGUUUUUAUAAAAGGGAGAGAUUUAUAAACCUUUUACUUGCCUUUUUCCCAAAGUAAAAACCAAGAAAUUAUGUACCAAAUCUAUGCAUAUUGUUUUAUACUGCAUAGAAUAAAAAUUUUAAAUGUUUCCUAAUUAUAUGUUUUAAGGUGAAACAUUCAUUUUGCAGAUUUUGUUUUCUUUCUUAAAUAGGGUUAUGUAUUCUGAAUUAUUUUCUCUUUCUCAUGUGAGUGUAUUUAUCCAGAGUAGAUAAUUUGUCUGGUAUAAAUUUUAAAAUGACAUCUCUAAAAAACAAGUCUCCAAAGUCUUUAGGCUUGAAAUUUAAACGUUUUGCAUAACAUAUAUAAGCCUGUAUAUAAGGCACAGCCAGCUCUGGCCUGUGAGCCAAAUUGAGCCCAACGCCUGCUUUUCAUGGCAUGUGGGCUAAGAAUUGUGUUUACAAUUUUAAGUCAUUAAAAAGAAAAUUUCAAGACACAUGAAAAUUAAUAUGAGAUUCUGUGUCAAUAAAUAAAGUUUUAUUGGAACACGGUUAUACUUUUACUCAUGGUUUAUGGUUGCUUUUGUGCAACGGUGACAGUUGAGUAGUUGAUUCAGAGACUGUAUCCUGCAAAGCCUAAAAUAUUUACUAUCCAACCCCUUAAAAAGUUAAGUUUGUCAGCCUAUGGUCUGUAGUACAGAGUAGUGUGACUCGUGUUCCAAUAUAUAAAUGUCUUGGGGUAGUUCUUUAAAACUCUUGCAGAGGUUCUUAUUUUAGAAUCUUUGUCACCAUUACCUUAAGAGAAAAGAAGUCAGACCACUGAAAAAGCUAAGCAAACUUGUUCCACAGUGUUAGCAAGGAAAAUUAUCUUUAGUUUCAAAUUAUGUUGCAGUAUAAUAAAAAAGAUCUGUAUAGUGUGGAAUGAGAUUCUUUUAAAGUAUUUGCUGUGGCUUAGUAAAAUGAACUUCAAGAACUUUCCAGCUAGCACAUACCACAAAAACCUUAUCAACUUUUAGCAUUUGUUUAUCCUCUUAGGACAGUCAAGCAAAGGUUUUCAAAAUCCAUACCACUUUUUUGAUCAAAAUCAUUCAUCUCUCUCAUCAUCAGUUCAGGAACAGGAUAACUCAAAAUUUAUAUGUGCUUUAUAUUAUGCUAAAUAUUGAGAAAUGGUAGUUUCUAAAUCUCCAGAAAAGCUUUGAAGAUUUUUAUUGUUUCUGAAUAGAAAAUCAGUAAAAAGUCACAAAAAGGUGACUUAUGUAUACUGAGCUUGACAAAGGUAGGGACUGAAGAGAAAAAUAAAACAAGAGGAAGAAUAAGAUUUAAAUGUAUAAAGUUGGGUGUUUUCAAACAACUUUCCCCUGUGGUUAUGAAUACAGGACAGUCUGCCGUUAGUUAAAUAGAUACACCACGAAAAAAAAAUAGAUACAUCAUGGUUCUGAGGCUAGAGUAUUUUGGGGAGGAAGAGGAGGUGCACUGUUGUCUGUCAGUCUUUCUUAUUUCGGUUUCCAGGAGAAUUAAGCCCUCACUCCCUGUGGCAUCUAGAAUGGUACUGAUUAUAUACCAUCUUUAGGAGAACGGUAAAAGUCAUCAGUCAAAUAAUUUACUGUGCCGGUGCUUCAGAUGAGCCCAGGGAGCACAUAGGCGUCAAUGUUGGUAGUGAAUAUUGUAGAAUGGGUGAGAUAGAGAAAUGAAUUCUGUAAACACCUGACAAAUGUACAAAACACAUCUUUGCAAUUACCUUCUGCGCUCUUUUAGCAUUUUACCUAUGGAUGCUAUUUUAUACUCAACACAUUCAAAUCAAAUCUUCCUACAUAUAUCGGGAGGCUCAGUAUCCAGUAAGUUCUCAAGUAUUUACACCCUCAUACAGGAAAAAGAAGUAUGAAACAGUGGAAAGAGCUAGAGCAGAACUAGAUUAUAAUAUCAAAUUGUAUUGAGUUUGCUUUGUUUGUAAGAGAAUGUUACUGUUUCUACUUUAUAUAUUAGAAUAAUCUGAUUCCACACCUUUCUUAAUAAACCAGUACAUGCUGAAGACUGGCAUGCCAUAUGCCAAAUGCCAUCUUGAUUAACAAUAUACACAAAGUUUCUAUUAUAAAGAACAAGAACUUUUAUCAGUAACCAGUGACCACUCACUUAAAUUAAGCCUUGCUUUUUAGAUGUUUAAGUUGCCCCAACAAAGUAAUUGCUGUAGGAAGUACAGGAGAGUGCUAGAGGGGAAGAUGCUGAAGAAAUGAAACAGUGUUAUGCUGUUCUAAGCCGUUUGUCGUAAAGAGAUUUCUGUACUUUUGUUCAUAGGUGUACCAAUAUUAGGUUUUUGAAAUAAUUUGAUGACAGAGGGCUGUGUGAUUAUUUUACUUUCUGAUGUUUAGUUAAAGGAUGUCGUUUGCACAUUCAGCCUACUGUAAUCAUGUAAUUUUGCUAUUGUAUUUGGCUAACUCCUUUUUUGGAAAUGCCAUUUUAAAAAUAAGGCAGUGUUUUUAUAGUUGCUCUGAAUGUGUAUAUUUAAAUUUGUGAAUUAAAAGGGUAUUACUAUAAGUGGAUUUAAAAUAACUAGAAAAUUUUACUGAUUUUUUUCUCACAUUUGCUGUACCUAAAACAGUCAUCACCAGGUUGUGCUAAAAUAGCAGGAAGUUUUUAUAUAGUUAACUGAUGAUGAUAUCCAUUAUUUCUCUUAAUUUUAUCAACAUUCACUUUAAGAAUAUUCUCUUCCUUUCUUUCCUGUCCCCAACCACUUUCCCUCCUCUUCAUAGCACCAACCUCUUACUGACAAAUUUGAAAAUGUUAUUAAGUACAGACUGUGUUUUAAAAUUUUAAAGCAGUAAUAUGCUAAAUAUUUUUUAAAUAUUUUUUAAAUUGAGUCUUUGGAA